AUGGCAAUUUUUGAUGCUCUGAGACAUCUUACCAAUUAUCUAAAUGAUGCACAUAUUUCGGGGAAGCAUCACCUUGCCGAUCUUUAUGAACUAGUACAAUAUGCCGGAAAUAUAAUCCCACGUUUAUACCUUAUGAUCACGGUCGGUAGCGUUUACAUGUCCCAGAAGGAUGCGCCAGUCAAAGAGAUUAUGAAGGAUAUGAUGGAAAUGUCUCGAGGUGUUCAGCAUCCAACACGCGGUUUAUUUUUGCGACAUUAUUUGAGUGGGAUGACAAGGGACUCCUUACCUAUCGGAAAUGAUAAUGGUCCCCGCGGAAACUUGCAAGAUUCAAUCACAUUCAUUCUUACCAAUUUUAUCGAAAUGAAUAAAUUGUGGGUUCGUCUUCAACAUCAAGGGCACUCUAGAGAUCGGGAGAAAAGAGAGAUGGAGCGAAAAGAAUUGAAAAUAUUAGUAGGAACAAAUCUGGUUCGUCUAAGUCAACUAGAAGGAGUUGAUUUAGCGUUGUAUCAACAGACUAUAUUACCAGCUAUCUUAGAGCAGGUUAUCAAUUGUAAAGACGUUAUUGCUCAGGAAUAUUUAAUGGAAGUCAUUAUACAAGUAUUUCAUGAUGAUUUUCAUUUGCGAACUCUUGGACCAUAUCUGUCUGCCACUGCACAAUUACACCCGAAAGUUAAUGUUAAACAAAUAGUAAUCGCCCUUAUUGAUCGUCUUGCUGCGUAUGCUGCUCGUGAGGCAGAUUCGGAACCACCAGAGGUGAUUAAGCGGCAAGAAGAAGAAGCUGCCCGAAGGUUAGCCGAAAAAUUGAGAAAACAAAGAAUAAGUGCCCAGGAACCUGCAGUAAAGAAAUUCCGUGGCAUCCCAGAAGAUGUAAAAUUGUUUGAAGUAUUUUGGGGUCAAAUUGUAGAUUUAGUUAAGGCGCGUCCUGACCUGUCGAUUCAAGAUAUUACUGCCUUGCUAGUAUCAUUAGUCAACCUUUCACUAAGCUGUUAUCCAGACAAGAUUGAAUACGUCGACCAGGUCAUUGAAUUUGCUAAGCAAAAGGUUUUAGAUUUUCACAACAGUCCAGACCUACACAGUUCCGUCGCUACCUCUAAUUUACUUAACCUUCUCUUGGCUCCAAUUAAUUCUUACCUUACAGUCCUUACAAUUCUUGCGUUACCCAAUUAUGCAUCACUACUUUCUCUCCAACCAUAUCAAACACGUCGUACUGUUGCCCAUGCUAUUGUUUCUUCAAUCCUUAAGAAAGAAACUUUGGUAGAAACUCCUGAAGAAGUUAAUGGUAUCUUGGAUCUGUGUAGUGUUCUUAUUCGGGAUCAGAAGGAUGCGACCCUUUCAAGUCCAUUCAGCGGACUUACUAGUGGGAAAAACAUUCGAUCAAACGGAAAUCCGCAAAUGAUGGAUCCUGAAGAAUUUGCCGAGGAACAAGGAUGGCUCGCUAGAAUCAUCCAUAUGUUCAAAAGCGACGAUCCAGAAAAUCAAUUUAUGCUUCUCUCCACUGCUCGCAAACAAUUUGCUGAAGGUGGAGAAAGAAUAAGAUAUACAUUUCCGCCCCUCGUAAUCUCGGCAUUUAAGCUAGCGAGACUCUAUCAAAAAUUUGAAGGACAUGAUGAGGAUUUGGAGAAGAAGGUCUCUAGGCUUUUCCGAUUCAUUUAUCAAGUGAUUUCUAUACUUUAUAAUAAAGUCGAGUGUUCCGAUAUAUGUUUGAGGUUGUUUCUGCUCGCAGGACAAAGCGCCAAUGAGUGCGGGUCUGAGGAGAUGUGCUACGAAUUCUUUGUACAAGUGAGGGCGCUUACUAUUUACGAAGAAUCUAUUUCGGAAUCCCGUGCACAAUUUCAGGCCAUUACCCUCAUUAUAGGCACAUUACAAACCAUGAGAGUACUCAGUUUGGAGAGUUAUGAUAGGCUUAUCACCAAAUGCGCCUUGCAUGGUAGUAAAUUGAUCAAGAAACCGGAUCGGUGCCGCGCAGUUUAUCUUUCUAGCCAUUUAUGGUGGGCAACUGAAACCGAAGGACGACUCAAUAAGCCGGGAGAGGAACCCUACCGCGACGGUAAACGGGUACUCGAGUGCCUACAGAAAGCUCUCAAAAUUGCAGACUCCUGUGUUGAUUCUGUGACAAAUGUGGAAUUAUUUAUAGAAAUCUUAAAUCGAUAUAUAUACUAUUUUGAAAAGAAGAACGAUGCUGUUACUGUUAAAUAUCUCAAUGGUUUAAUUGAUCUCAUCAAUACCAACCUCACAAACAUGGAUAAUCCAGAUCAACACCCUACAUCAUCUACUUCGUCGGCCCUUGUGGAACCGGAAGGCGACAUUUCGGAAUUCGUUGUCCGUCACUUUAAAUCCACGUUGUCCCAUCUUAAUACGCGUAAGGAUACUGUCCUUUCUGCCAGAGCUCAAGGUGAAACAGAUCUGCAAAGAUACGAUAAUAUUGAUACAAAUAUUUCAUUUGAAAGAUGA